UGAAUUAUGGGUUUCCGGAUAAGGGAUCCCAUACCUGUAUAAUAGCAAACAGGAGAUGUAAGUAGAAUGUAACUGGGCCAGUAACACUGUGUGAGGUAUCUUUGUUGGGAUUCAGCUCAUGUGCAGUUAAUAGAAUUUCUUCUCUUCCAGAAGAAGGAAUCAGCCCGAAGAGGCCGUGCCGCGCACCCCCGAGACCCCUCUCACUUACCAUCUCCAGCUACACCCUGCACUGUGUGCUUGGGCGAGGAUCAUAUGGGAAGGUGGCGUUGGCUUCCACGGCCACAACCAACCAACUGGUGGCCAUAAAGACCAUCUUGAAGAGGCCACAGAAGGAGAACAUGGAGUACAUCCUGCGGGAGGCGCGAGUGCUCAGGGUCGCUGCGGGGCACCCAUACCUGUGCCGUGCCUACGCAGCCUUCCAAACCCAGACCCGCGCCUUCUUCACGAUGGAGUAUGCGAGUGGGGGGAGCCUCGAGUUGGAGAUAAGGAAGAGAAAACACCUGAAAAUGAGGAAAGUGAUCUUCUACUCGGCGGAGAUCAUUUGCGGACUGCAGUAUCUACAUUCCCAUGGUAUCAUCCAUCGUGACAUCAAACCAGGCAACAUCAUGCUGAGCAGCGAAGGUCACAUUAAGAUCCUGGACUUUGGCUUGGCAGCGGAAGGAGUGUACGGCGACAGCACCACCAAUGGCAGGUUUGGAACCUUUGCCUACAUGGCUCCAGAGGUGCAUAGAGAGAAGGAGUACAGUGCAGCUGUGGACUGGUGGUCGUAUGGCAUCACCCUGUGCCAAAUGGCUACUGGUCAGUACCCUUUCCAUCUUGGAAAUAAUCUGCAAGACUUGAGAAGAUCUAUCCUCCGGGAACAACCCACCUACCCAGCAUGGAUUGGCCGUAAACUGCACCGUCUCCUGGGAAAGCUUCUGAAGAAGAAGGUCUGCAAUCGCCUUGGGAUCAAUGGCAACAUAAGAGAAGAUCCCUUUUAUGAGUCCAUUGAUUGGGAGGAACUUGAAAACCAAAGAGUUCCAGCUCCGUUCCAGCCAGAAGCUCAAUCAGUGGAGGACUUUGACGAAUGUGUUAUGACCCCCAUGCAGUUUGUAGAGGACCCAGCUCCAUCAGGAAAUUACAUCAUUAAGGACUUUUCCUAUCAAAGUGUCGGAUGGGAGGCGUAAGUAACAUCACUGGACAACACAUUCCUACACACAUUCUUACAACUAUUGGCUGUUUCAACUUGCCAACUUGCCAUCCUCUGCCCAAACAUCUCUUGCCAUCUGUAGCAUUAUCUUACUGCCACCUCCAUCUGGCACAACCACUUCUUCCAUCUGGCACUACCCACUCCAUCAACUUCCAUCUUCCAUGUCUUGUAUGACCAUCAGUUCCAUCUUGCCACAUACCAAACAUCUUUCUGUUCAAAUGACACCAUUUGGCUGUACUAUUCGUACCACUUUGUUGGUACCACAUACUACUGCACCACUCUCUAGGUAGCUCCUCUGCAAGGAACAGCUGUAAAUUCUACUGUAUUUGCAUUUCCUUCUCUCCCAUCCACUCCAAUUACACCAGUGGAGCCUUCGUCUCUAUUUAUGCCACCAGUGGAGCCUCCCCUUUCUUGAGCUGCUUGUCCACCUGUGGUGCCUUUAUUUCCAUCCACCAAAACUUUACAAUCAGCGCUUCCCACUGCACAGCAGUUCCACCAGUGGUGUCUCCCCUUGCACCCACCAGAAUACCACCAGCUGUGCUUCCGUCCUUUCCAUCCAAAAUGUGGUUUAAUACCAGGAGCACCCCAUGUCACUGGGUAGACCCCGCAUUCCUUUCCAUUCCAUCCCUCAGACUGCAGAAGCCGGGGUCUGCAGGCUGCCUGGGGCCAAUGGAAUGGAACGGAAUGCAGAAUUCACCUUGUGUCUUAAAGGUGCUUGUGUGUAUUCUGUCAUAUUACCUUGUCUUUAAUUUACCCUGCUUCCCUUCAUUAAAGCAGUACCGCCCCUUAUCCACCAUACUUUCUCCAGCCCAACCUCGCCUUCCAGCCAACAGUUACUCCAGCAGUGCCACCUUUCCAUCCAAAAUGUGGUUUAAUACCAGGAGCACCCUAAGUCACUGGGUAGACCCCGCAUUCCUUUCCAUUCCAUCCCUCAGACUGCAGAAGCCGGGGUCUGUAGGCUUACUGGGGGCCAAUGGAAUGGAACGGAAUGCAGCAUUUCCCUUGUGGCUUAAAGGGGCUUAUGUGGAUGCUACCAUAUUUCCACUUACCCUGUUUCCCUUCAUUAAAGCAGUACCACCCCUUGCAUCUACCACAGCUUCACCAGCCUCACCGAGCCUUUCAUCCAGUUUGUUCCCUUCCAUCUAAAAUAUGGUUUAAUACACUGUUAUAUUCCCUUAUGUUCCCUUUAUUAAAGCAGUACCGCCCCUUAUCCACCACACUUUCUCCAGCCCAACCUCGCCUUCCAGCCAACAGUUACUCCAGCAGUGCCACCUUUCCAUCCAAAAUGUGGUUUAAUACCAGGAGCACCCCAUGUCACUGGGUAGACCCCACAUUCCUUUCCAUUCCAUCCCUCAGACUGCAGAAGCCGGGGUCUGCAGGCUGCCUGGGGCCAAUGGAAUGGAACGGAAUGCAGAAUUCACCUUGUGUCAUAAAGGUGCUCGUGUGUAUUCUGUCACAUUACCUUAAUUUACCUUUAAUUUACCCUGCUUCCCUUCAUUAAAGCAGUACCGCCCCUUAUCCACCACACUUUCUCCAGCCCAACCUCGCCUUCCAGCCAACAGUUACUCCAGCAGUGCCACCUUUCCAUCCAAAAUAUAAUUUAAUACACAGAAGACUCUUAAGAAACAUGGUAGACCCUGCAUUUUUUUCCAUUCCAUCCCUCAGACUGCAGAAGCCGGGGUCUGUAGGCUUA